AUGAAUGCCAAACUUUCCGAUCCUAAACGCAUAAUGGGUGCUCAAGGAUCUCGACGCCGCCCGAGACGAAGUGAAGAUCCAGAACGAGAUGAUGAGGAAGACGAAAACAUGAUUGACUUCAGAAUAUUAGUGCACGAAAGCCAAGCUGGGUCUGUAAUCGGUCGAGGCGGUGAACGUAUUAAGGACCUUCGUGAUAAAUACAAAAUGCGUGUUAUCAAGGUGUACCAGAUGUUGGCUCCGUUAUCUACUGACCGAGUUGUACAGAUGGUUGCUGACCCAGACAAUGUCGUCCAAUGUUUGAGAGCUGUAAUAGAAGCAGUAGAGUCUGCUCCUCCUCGUGGUCGCCGUGAGGAUUAUGACGCUGCCAACUUCAGUGAGGGUGAUGCUCUCAACUAUGGCGGUUGGUUGUCUCGAGAAGCUGCAGCAGCACUCGCUCAAGGGAUGCCUCUCCGUGGACCUGGGUGCAUGCCGCCGAUGGGUUACAACAUGGGAGGUCCGUACAUGAUGGGUGGUGGAGACAUGGGGCCGAUGGGUGGCGGUAUGGGCCCUAUGGGAGGAGGAAUGGGUCCUAUGGGCGGCGGACCGGUUCCCGGAGGUCGUGGUAGAGGACCUCGCUCCGGUGGCGGAAUGAUGAGUGGAAGCGCGCCUCUCGCUCAAGGCCAGCGAGGAAUGAUGGGCUCUUCAGGCCCAGCACCUGUCCCCCCUCCUGCCGGUCGUAACAACUCUAUGGGUCCUCCAGGUGGUUAUAGUAGUUCCGCAGACGGAGGCUACGGUGGUCAAGGUGGAUAUGACGGGUCAGGAGGAUUCGACAACGGAGUAUACGGAGGCAUUGACCAAACUGGACAGGGAGGAUUCAGCGGCCCUGGAUACGGUGGAUCAGGCAACAUGGCUUCUGGAGGUUACGGUGGGUCUGGGUAUGGUGGAAGCCAGCGUGGAUCGGCUGACAUGGCAGGUGGUCAAAGUGCUUCCCGUGGCGGCACCUAUGGUGGGUAUGGAAGUAUGGGAUCUGGAGAGCAUGUUGGAGGCAAAGCCAGCCAGUGGUAUGGCGGAUGGUCUUAA